AUGACAAACUUCAAGAUCCAAAUCAUCUCCGACUCCGUCUGCCCGUGGUGCUACGUCGGCUUCAAACGCCUCUCCCGAGCAAUUACAUCCCAUAAAACCCAACACCCAACUGACACAUUCACCAUUGCCUGGAAAGCAUUCUACCUAAACCCCUCAUCACCAACCUAUCCCGGUAAAAACAAGCAAGAAAUGUAUAAGGCGAAAUUCGGCGCCGAGCGCGUCACUGCUAUGUUCGCUCGUCUUGCGUCUGUUGGUGAGAGUGAGGGGAUUCAUUUCUCUUUUGGUGGGAAUACGGGGUCGACGAGGGAUUCGCAUCGGUUGAUUUGGUUUGCGGGGGAACUUGAAAAGAAACAACAACAAGAAGCUACCUCCUCUGGCGAAGCUGGCGCUAUUGGCGGCAUACAAACCCGCGUCGUGGAAAAGUUAUUCCGCGCCUAUUUCGAAGAAGAGAAGAAUAUCACCGACAAGGCUGUACUAAGUGAGGCGGGCAUUAGUGCUGGUUUGGAUGGCGGUGCUGUUCGGGCACUUCUUGAGGAUAAAGAUGAGGCUGAUGAGGGUGGUGAGGAGGUUGAUGCUGAGGCGGCGGCUGCGUCGAGACAGUUGGUUUCUGGGGUUCCGUUUUUUGAAAUUCAGGGGAAGUAUGCUAUUGAGGGGGCUGAUGAGCCGGAGACGUUUUUGGAGAUUUUUCAGAGGGUUAAGGAUGAUGAGUAG